AUGGCUGAAUUAUGGGGACAUAUUGAUGGUACUACUCCAGCUCCAGCAGAUGCUACUAAAUUAGCUGAAUGGAAAAUCAAAGAUGCUAGGGUGAUGUCUUGGAUUACCGGGUCAUGUGAUUCUAAAAUUGUUCUUAAUUUAUGCCCCUAUAGAAGUGCUCAAACUAUGAGGGAAUAUUUGAAAAAGGUUUAUAAUCAAACAAAUUCAGCCAGGAGAUUUCAAUUGGAGUGUGAAAUUGUAGAUUAUACACAGGGGAGUCUCUCUAUUCAAGAUUACUAUUCUCGUUUUCAAAAUUUAUGGGUUGAAUUUUCUGAUAUAGUGUGUGCUGCAGUGUCUAAAGUUUCUCUUGCUGAUGUAUUGGUUGUUUAUGAAAUUAGCAAGCGCGAUCAGUUUCUAAUGAAGCUACGUUCAGAUUUUGAAAAUGCUCAUUCUAAUUUGAUGAACCGUCAUCCUCCUCCUACCUUGGAUGUGUGUUUCAGUGAAUUGCUUCGUGAGGAACAACGUCUUCUAACACAAACCACUCUUGAACAGGAGAAAAUGAAUACAACACACAUGGCAUUUUCGGUUCACGGAAAAAGCAAGGGUAAAGAUAUGAGUAAGGUUCAGUGUUUUAGUUGCAAGAAUUAUGGGCAUAUUGCAGCAAAUUGUACCCAGAAAUUUUGCAAUUAUUGCAAAAAGCAUGGGCACAUCAUCAAAGAUGUUUGA